CCCGCCAGAAUUCCCCCUACCUUUCCCAUUUUCCCUCGCAUUUCUCGCUGUGCUCAUAAAGAGAGCCCUAAAACCUUACUAUCACUGUGAUCUCGUCCGUCCUAGUCACCUAAAACUUGUAGCAGAAUUGAAUUCGACAAGGGAAAGGGAAUUUCUUUGCUAAAAAAUGAAAGGCGGUACACUUCAGAUUAAUUGGCACGAUACUAAGCCUGUUUUGACGCUCGAUUUCCACCAUCUCACCGGAACCCUAGCCACCGGCGGUGCCGAUUUCGACAUCAAGCUAUGGGUGAUCAAUCCGACUGAAGAUAAAAAAAAAGCUCCGGAAGUUACUUAUAAGACUAGUCUUUCUUACCACAGCUCAGCAGUAAAUGUGCUCCGCUUCUCUCCUUCAGGUGAACAUUUGGCUUCUGGUGCAGAUGGGGGUGAGCUGAUAUUAUGGAAGUUACAUUCAACAGAUGGCGGUGAAGUAUGGAAAGUCCUGAAGACAUUAUCGUUUCACCGCAAGGAUAUAUUAGACUUGGAGUGGUCUAAUGAUGGUGCAUAUCUAAUUUCUGGAUCUGUUGAUAAUUCAUGUAUCAUAUGGGAUGCGAACAAAGGUUCUGUUCAUCAGAUUUUGGAUGGCCAUUUCCACUAUGUCCAAGGUGUUACAUGGGAUCCAUUGUCUAAGUAUGCUGCAUCACUCAGCUCAGAUAGAUCAUGCCGUAUUUACGUAAACAAACCAUCCAAAAUGAAAGGAAUUGAGAAGAUGAAUUUUGUUUGUCAGCAUGUUAUUGCCAAAAUAGAAUCACAAACAGCAGAUGAGUCUAAGUCUGCGAAAAGCCAUCUUUUUCUUGAUGAGACACUGCCAUCUUUCUUCCGAAGAUUAGCAUGGUCACCGGAUGGAUCAUUUCUACUUGUACCUGCAGGUUCUUACAAAUAUUCCCCUACUUCUGCACCAACAAAUACUGCUUUUGUAUUUUCUAGAAAAGAUCUAUCAAGGCCUGCUUUGAUUCUUCCUGGUGCCAGCAAACCUGUUGUUGCAACACGUUUCUGUCCUGUGUCUUUCAAAUUGCGGGGUUCAAACUCAUCUACAUUCUUCAAGCUUCCAUACCGCCUUAUUUUUGCUGUGGCCACUUUGAAUUCCGUAUACAUAUAUGACACAGAGGGCGUUGAACCAAUAGCAGUCAUAGCUGGUCUUCACUAUGCAGCAGUAACUGACAUUGCAUGGUCUCCUGACGGGAAAUUUCUAGCGUUGUCUUCUCAAGAUGGUUAUUGCACUCUCCUAGAGUUUGAAAAUGAAGAACUGGGAACUCCUUUCGCAGUAUCAGAAGGGAAGAAUGCCGUUGGUCUAGAAAACAGAGAUGAGUUUCAGAAAAGGACUGAAAAAACAGUGGAAUCUACUCCUACUCCUAGUCGUAGUCCGAGUCAUUGUGGUAGAAUUGCAGAUGCAGAUGUUAGAAAAAUGGAGGAACAGGCAAACGAUGGGAAGCCAUCUUCUACAGCUACCAAACCCGCUCAAAUUCCCGCCAAGGUCACAAAAAAGCGUAUCACUCCCAUGGCCAUUGAUUAAUGAAGACAAUCUGUAUCUGUGUAGUAAUACAUGUUUCCCUUCUUCCUCUUUUAACUAUUACUAGUAGUUUUUGGCAUUUUUGUAUGACUUGCAGACUAUGUUACAUCUAUAUUUCAGUAAUGAAUGGGUAUAAAUAUAUACUUGAAAGU